AUGAAUAUACUUAGCAACAAGGAAGGAACAUUGGAUUGGCUACGAGAAAAGAAACUGAUCACUUUAGAGAGAUCGUGUCCCGUUUGCGAUGAUGACAUGAGGUUGACCGAAACCCGAGACCGAUAUGAUGGUCUGAAGUGGACAUGUAAGAAAAGGAAAGGCGUAGACCGGCAUAGCAAGGAGUGUUCGAUUCGGAAAGACUCAUGGUUUGAGAAUAGCAACCUGAGUUUGCCAGAAACUGUCAAGUUCACGUACUGGUGGUGCAUGGGUAUAUCCCAAAAACUAAUUAUUCAGCAACUGCAGUUGUCAGACCACACGUCGGUAGAUUGGGCUAUGUUUUGCAGAGAAGUUUGCUUGGAAUCCUUAAACAACCAACAAAAUCAGUUAGGUGGACCAGGAAAAUUCGUUGAAAUAGAUGAGUGCAAAAUCGGAAAGAGGAAGUACAACAGAGGCCACAUUGUGGAAGGGCAGUGGGUGUUCGGUGGAAUCGAAAGGGACAGCAGAAGGAGUUUCUUGUUUGCGGUGGAGGACAGAUCUGAGAAAACGCUACUUCGCCUUAUUCUACAACGAAUAGCACCAGAGACCACAAUAAUAUCCGACUGCUGGAAAUCUUACUCUAAUCUCAGUAAACAUGGAUACCAGCAUGAGACCGUCAACCAUUCUGUCGAGUUCAAAAAUGCAAACGGAUAUCACACAAACACCAUCGAAGGCCAUUGGAGACACUUAAAGGCAAGUCUCCCUCAGUACAGCAGGAAGAAGGAGCAUUACGAGUCAUACCUUGCAGAGUUUCUGUACCGCUACCAGCACACAGAUGAGGAGAUGUUUCUUUCUUUCAUCGAUGAUGUAGCCAAGAUGUACAAUAAGACACUGUAA